AAAAUAAAUUUUCCUUUCUUAUUUUAUUGUGCAGUGCAGUGAUUAAGAUUUUAAAAGUUGGUCCGAAAUUUCAGUUGACAAAAUGUUAUGAAGUCAAAUUGUCCGAAUUCUGACUGAAUUGUUUUCAAUUGUAAUAUGUGCAUCUUUACUGUAACAACAAACAUUUUCUCAAGAUCUUCUGACAGAUCCUAUUCACAUCUGAUGUUGAGUUGACCAACUACUUACAAUCAUCAACAUGGACGAGGAGUCCAAGAUCACCUUGACAGCAACCAACAAACGAGAGUGGCCAAACUCCACCCUCAAGUCGCUGAACACUUUCCGACAGUCUGAACACACCCUCUGCGACAUCUUCCUCCGCGGAGAGGAUACUCUUGAACCGAUACCCGCCCAACGCUGUGUGCUUGCUGCCAACAGUGUUUACUUCCAUGCCAUGUUCACGUCUGGGCUUGCAGAAAGUAAGCAGGACCACAAGGAAGUGUCUAUUCGGGGUGUUGACACAGGAACCCUUUCUCUCAUUGUGGAGUUCCUCUAUGUUGGAAGCUGUCGCCUGCCCAGUGGCACCAUGCAUAGAGUGAUGGACCUGCUUGCCGCUUCUACCAUGCUACAGGUGGAUGAGCUCUCCCAUGCGUGCAGUAUCUACCUUGAAAAGUGCUUGGACUCGGACAGUGCAAUAGAACUAUGGCUGUUUUCAGAGAGUUUUGGUGUGUCUGACCUUGCUGAGCCUUGCAAGAGGUAUGUCCAGUCAUACUUUCGCUCAAUCAGCAGGAGCCAGCGAAUCCUUGAACUCGAUCGUCAGGAAAUGGCAGCCCUACUUGGCUUGGAGGAAGUAAAUUUAGGGAAUGCAGCAAAUGAAGACACCCUGGUUGAACUUCUUCAGAGGUGGCUGACCUAUAACCCUAAAGCUCUUGACUCAGAUCUUAUUCCUGUUCUUAAUAAGAUUUGUUGGAAUGAAGUUAGUCAAGAGUGCAAGGAUAAGUUCAGAGAGAAACUUGCUGAAAUAGCAGAGGACAGUUCUUCAGAUUCUUUCCCAGUACUAGAUAUUAUUUCAAAACCAUCAUCUCUGAAUCAAAGCUUCAGACGAACCUUCUUUUGUUCAGUUUGUUCCAUUGGAGGCCUUCAGAAUUCAAGAGCAGGACGGAGGUCACCGCACACUAGUUCCAUUGAGGUCGCAGACAUCGAUGCAAGGACGGGCUCUAUUCUCAGGCAGUGGUCCCAGUCCAGAGGGUUCCACGGAAGACAGUCCACCAGCAACAUCAACCCACAGUACCACUUCCUACCAUUCCAUGGUCACCUCUAUGCUUUCUACUCCUUCAAUCAAGACCGGACACUCUUAACAUCGUCCAUGUCAGGUCACCAGGGAAACAAAUCAGACGAUGUGCUCUGUCUAAGCGUGGCCAACGUCAUGAAUGCCAAUCUGAAAGUGUUAAGGACUAGACCUUGUGACGUUGAGUCGGUCUGGUGGGACUUGAUUGACAAACAUAAUUAUGCAAUUGCCAUUGAUGAAGCAGAGGGAGUGGUCUUUCUGUGUGGGUGCACAGAGCAGAGAGAAGGCGCCUCGUCUAAACGGGUUUUCAAGCUGGAUAUUGAGAAGAAUGUCUGUUCUGAAAUGACCAGUCUGCCUUUUGGAAGAUCUCAUCAUAGAGCAGUACUUGUAGAUGGUGAAUUAUUUGUACUUGGUGGAGUAGACAGGUUACUAACCCCUCUUUCUACUGUUUUAAAGUAUGACUGGAUGAACAAUUCUUGGGAAGAAGUGAGCCCAAUGCAUGAGCCAAGGAUAGAUGGAGCCUAUGCCUGUGUUGGUGGCAGGAUAUAUGCUUCUGGUGGUUCAACGUCUAAAUUACGUUCAAGAAACGUUGAGGUGUACAACCCUUCUCUGGACAUUUGGACAACACUGAGUCCCAUGUCAGUACCAAGGGUUAACCAUGGACUUGUGGCUGUUGGAUCCAUCCUGUUUGCUAUGGGCGGUCAAUCGUAUUCUGGGGAAAACGGUGGUGCCAGGAAUGUGCAAAGAACAGUUGAGAGGUACAGCAUCGCAGAAGGAUGUUGGGAAGCCGCUUGGGAGAUGUCAGAGUGCAGAUGGGGGAUGACAGCUUUCACGCUUUAGAGAGAUAGAAUUAACAGUGUCCAAAGAGCAAUGGAGUGCUACAGAGUCUCUAAAGGCUCCUUAGGGGAUGUCAAGAGUGCAAGUGUGGAUGAUCAAGCUGUUCAGCAUCAUUAGACACUUCAUUGGAGUCACUCAAAUGAGAAAUUCAUGGUCAAUUCCAUUCCCAUGUCACCAUUUUAUUUGUCAGGUGUAGACAGUCCCUACAAAUAGUUGUUUUCUUUCUAUUUAAUUAUGUCCAGUGUGUGCAAUAUUCCAUUACAAAAUAAGGAGUAACAUCGUAGUAAUGUGUUUGAAGUAAAAUUAUUGUCAUUUAAAAAAAAAGUUUUGAACAAGUUUAUCUUGCUAUAUUGCCAACCUGAUUCAACUUCUAUACACCUGUAUCCCUCCCCCCCUCCAUAUUAAAAAUGAACAAACAAAAAUAUUAUUUCAGGCGUGAUUUGAUAGUUAAUUUUCACUGCUUUUGAUUUUUUUCUUGCCCUGUGGAAAUAAUGUUCCUCACGAUGAUCUUCCACCUGAAUUUUGAAGUUAUCGUUAACACAUAACAUUUCUGUGAUUUUUCUUGUCAGGUUCUGAAAUUCAAAUAAUGUACCAAAUGUGUGUGUAUGUGUGUUUUUAUCUGUGCUUUGGUAACCAUGGCUGAAAAAGUAUAACAGAACAAUAUGAGGAUGUUUGGUUAGACAUGGAUGCCUCGUCUUGUGUCUCUCAAACGGCUGCAAAUCUAAUGUAGUUGGCGCUAGAAUAUUUUGAGACAAAAUUUGUAUGCACCCAUAACCUUCCCUAGUAAAAUUGUUACAUACACAAACGUCCACAGUUGCAUGUUGUAUACAGGAGUGUGUGUUCCAUUUCCAGCGUUAUUAGAGUGUGUUUAUUUUUUUACCAUUGAAUGUUGACAGCGUGUGUGUGUGAUUGGGUUUUUACAGUAUUUUAUCAGAAAUUAUUGUUUUAUGUGUAGUUGAGACCAACCUCUGUACUAUGGACGAGAUAGUUUGUUACUUGCGUUCUUAGCUGAGUCAGUUCAUAACCUCCACUGUAAGUUGAAUUACUUGUUCACACCAGAAUGGCCAGAAAUGUGCGAAUAAUCUGUAUUGGGGAAUGUGAUGGACAAGUUAUCAUUUUUUAGGCAAGUAGAUGUAACUGAAUCAGUACUCAGGAAUGGCAGGGGCAAGAUAACCUCGCCAUGAUGUCAUGUUUUUUUCUCAAUUAUAGAGAUAUAGAGUUACAUGUCCCAGACCACUCUUUUCUGCACCUUUUCUCAGUUUUUUUUCUCCUCAUUUCCCUCCUUUUUUUACUACUUGAAAUGAAUCAUGGGGGGGGGGGGGCAGAUGCCACCGACGCAUGUGCCAAGAGAAACCCAAAGACUGGGAUCGAUAUCUACCUGCUUUGCUAUUUUCAUAUUGGGAAGUACCACAUGAGAGCACUGGUCACUCACCUUUUGAGCUAAUGUACGGUAGAGUAGUGAGAGGGCCUAUGACAAUACUUAGGGAAUUACAGACGGAGGACAUUCCUUAAGAAGAGGUAAAGACCACUUAAGUUACCGAUAUGUCUUAGAUCUUAAGGAUAGACACCUAUAUGGCACCACCCCUGAGUGCUUGAAAUUCUGUCUCUGUACCUGGCAAAAUGUUAGUUUUCAAGAUUGUUGUUUGUUUAAAAAGUUACAUAGGUCUUGAAUGUGCCUACAGGGUAUAGUGCUAGUAAACUAUUUAAUGGCUGCUUUAUUUGGGUGUAUAUUUUUGUAUGAAAAUAAUUAUUUUGUUCUCAAAAUGUUAACUCGGUGAAGUAAAGUUUAGAAGUAAAAUUCUUCCUCAGGAAAUUUUUAAGAGUUGGAUUCUAAGUAGCUGUACAUUAAAUCUGUACCUAACUUUGGAGAAAAAAAAGGGAGUAUUGUACUUGCAUGUAGGAUUUUGCACCUACUGCUAUGCAAAAUUGAUACGAGAAUAUGUGUUGUUUGAUAAUUGCUCUCUUGAUAUAUAUGUUCAUGAUUUACUGAUUGUUGUUAAAAGAAGAGUGCAACAGACAUCUUACCCAGUGAUGCACCUCAGAUUUGUGGUAAGAUAUUUCAGUAUGUAACAGGCAAAAUAUUAAAUUUUUAUUUUUAUUUUCAGGGCUACUUUUCACAGCUUACCACCUAAAUCUGCAACAUUGGAUAAGCUUUAACAUUGCAAUGAAUUAGGAUUUUCAGGGCUCCAUUUUUUUUUUUUUUUUUUUUCCAUGGCUCUAUUGAGCCCUCAGCCUCUGUGUAAUUUUUCCCCUUGUAAGUUCAUGUAAUGCCUGUUUUAAGCAGUGUUGAUAAAGCAUUACUCAUAUGCACAAACUUGUAAUUUGUUCAAUUGUGCAGUUAAAUUGAACAAUCCAUUAUUUUGCACUACUUUGAAAAACAUUUUUGGUAUUUACCUAAUCAAGGCAUUCAGACACAAGUAAGUUAUACUUUCACUUGAGAUGACUUCUAUCAUCACAGAUGUCAUGUUUUUGUCAUAAAAUGAUUUGAAAUAUUGCUUCAGGUUUAUACACCAAACAUGUUUUCCAUUGGAAAUAUUGAGGUAACAUUUACUAUGUAUGUAUUGAAGUACAGUAUUCAAUGCAAAUUGCAGUUGUGUAAAUCACAGAUGUCGUAGUUUUGUCAGAAAAUGAUAUGAAAUAUUGUUCCGGGUUUAUACACCCUAUAUCGUUUCCAUUGGAAAUAUUGAGACAAAAUUUAUUAUAUAUGAAUUGAGGUCAAGUAUUCAAUGCAAGUUGAAGUUGUGUCAAUUAUAAAGUACUGCUUUAUUACAGUUGAAUAUUCAUUAAUUUUAUUGUAUAUGCAUACACAUAAUUUUUAAUCAGACCACCAAUGCAGUUCAGAUUUUCUUGUGAUCAUUUCUCUAAGUGCAAUUUUUGUGAUGCAUAUUUGUAUUUACAGAAAAUAUGUACAUUUUCCAUGAUUAAAAUGUAUUAUUAUUACUGAA